AUGGAGGAUCACUGGGCCCUUAUUGGUUUUAUAACCAUGAUCCUGGCAGUUACCUCUCAGAGCUACAUAUUUAUAACAGCACCCCACGAGAGUGUGUGUUUCAGUAACGGACAAUCGUCUAACUGCAAUGCAUCUCCUCCGUCCUUCGACGUUCCAAAGCUUUCAUACGGUGUUGUAGGCCAAAAUGUAACGUGCAACGUAUCAGGGAUAGAAGUACCCUUACUUUCUUCCUGUGAAAAUGGAGUUCCAGCAAACUACAGUCAAGAAUGCAACUUUUCUUGUCAAACUAGUCAUAAGCUAACUGGGCCAUCAUCUGUGGUCUGCACAAGCACUGGACAUUUCUCGGAACCAUUUCCCGAAUGCGAGAUUGUAACAUGCAACGUAUCAUCGAUAGAAGACCCCUUACUUUCAUCGUGUGAAAAUGGAUUUCCAGUAAACUACAGUCAAGAAUGCACCUUUUCUUGUCAAACUGGUUAUGAACUGAGAGGGCCAUCAUCUGUUAACUGCACAAGCACCGGAUAUUUCUCUGAACCAUUUCCCGAAUGUCAGGACAUAUUUAUAACAGCACCCCACGAAAGUGUGUGUUUCAGUAACGGACAAUCGUGUAACUGCAAUGCAUCUCCCCCGCCCUUCUAUGUUCCAAAGCUUUCAUACGGUGUUGUAGGCCCAAAUGUAACGUGCAACGUAUCAGGGAUAGAAGUACCCUUACUUUCUUCCUGUGAAAAUGGAGUUCCAGCAAACUACAGUCAAGAAUGCAACUUUUCUUGUCAAACUAGUCAUAAGCUAACUGGGCCAUCAUCUGUGGUCUGCACACGCUCUGGACAUUUCUCGGAACCAUUUCCCGAAUGCGAGAUUGUAACAUGCAACGUAUCAUCGAUAGAAGACCCCUUACUUUCAUCGUGUGAAAAUGGAUUGCCAGUAAAUUACAGUCAAGAAUGCACCUUUUCUUGUCAAACUGGUUAUGAACUGAGAGGGCCAUCAUCUGUUAACUGCAAAAGCACCGGAUAUUUCUCUAAACCAUUUCCCGAAUGUCAGGACAUAUUUAUAACAGCACCCCACGAAAGUGUGUGUUUCAGUAACGGACAAUCGUGUAACUGCAAUGCAUCUCCCCCGCCCUUCUAUGUUCCAAAGCUUUCAUAUGGUGGUAAGUUUUUAAUAUAUAGUAUUAAUUGUACUCGAUUACAUAGCGCCUAUUAUCAUGUCUCUAAGCGCUCUACAAUAAAUGGAGCAUAAUAAACCCUGUUUAAGCAGAGGUAAACUGUUCCGCGCUCAAGCGUUUCAAGGAAUAAACCGCUGCCAUGUACCCAUUAACAUUACCUAAAUUGAGUGCAGCACAAUGACCAUCAAUAUCUUGCUGAAGGAAAUAACGCCUUGGCUGGGAUUCGAAUGUACGACCCUCUAUUCCAAUGUCUGGAGACUAAUCCACUGGACCAAAACGCUCCACUCAGGAGUUUCUUGAUUGCACGUGCACCCUCCUGCUUUGGUAGAGGAGCUCCGACACUGGCAAGCAAAACGAAAUUUGUAACCCUUCUUCUGCUUUCAACAGCUGAUUUUUCAAACUUUAGUUCCACCUCCCCAAGAUGUGCACCGGCCAGUGGCGUAUCUAGCGGGAGACAAGGGGAGCACGUGCCCCAGGCGCCACUGUCAGGGGAAGCAAAGG